ACUUAAGCAAACAUUACCUAGCACAGACUCAGAAAUGGAGCAUACAAUAGUACAAUGUCUCCAUGUAUGUUGCAAUAAGAUUGACAAUGUCUCUUUAUUCAUUUUAAAAGAAUGUUGCACAUUAUUAUAUGAAAACAAUAUUGAAAAAUGUCUUGACAAUGCAGAAAUGAUACUAGACUUAACAUGGGAAAAGUUGAAUUCUUUUCAUUGGAAAAAUGUCCCGCUUGUGUGGCAAAAACUAUAUUCAUUUGCUUGUGUCUUCAAAGCUUCGUGUUUGGGCUAUAAUGCCACAGCAGAUGACGAAUUGAUAGAAAUUUGUAGAGUCUCUGACAUGGGCUUGCUAAUGGGCCAUAAUGUAAUGAAUGGUAUAUUACACAAAAUUAUUAAAAUUUUUAAACCUGCCCAACCGAAAUAUAUUGAGACCCAAAACACUGAAAAUUAUGAACUAGAUCCAGAAGUACAUAAUCCAAUAAAAGUCUUAUCAAAUCCAUCUUUAAUUUCUUUCCAAGAUUUUAUGAACCAUGCUCUUCCCAUGGUGCUUAGCGAUUGCAUUGAUCAUUGGCCUGCUAUGGCUAAAUGGAAUUUUCAGUAUCUUAACAAUAUUGCAGGACACCGACUUGUACCUGUAGAACUUGGUGCUAAAUACACUGAUGAAAGUUGGGGUCAAAAAUUAAUGACUAUUUCAAAUUUCAUUCAAAAAUAUAUAUUUAAUGAUGAUUGUACAUCAAAAGCGUAUUUAGCACAACAUACACUUUUUGAUCAAAUCCCACUGCUUAGAAAUGACAUAUGCAUUCCAGAUUAUUGCUGUAUUUCAAAAAUGCCAGAUUGGGACCCUGAUACUGAUACCGAAAUAAAUGCUUGGUUUGGACCUGGUGGCACUGUUUCACCAUGUCAUUAUGACAAAAAACACAAUCUGUUGUGUCAAGUUGCAGGACGUAAAUAUGUACGGUUAUAUCAUCCUUCACAUGAGAAUGCUCUCUACCCCCAUGAGGGAAUGUUAAACAACACAUCAAAAGUUGAUGUUGAAAAGCCAGAUGAUACAAAUUUUCCACUUUUUUCCGAAAUGGAUUGUAAUCAUAGGGAAGAAUGUAUUUUACUGCCUGGCCAGAUGCUUUAUAUACCUCCUGGUUACUGGCAUUAUGUUAGAUCGCUAGAUAAAAGCUUUUCUGUAAGUUUCUGGUGGAAUUAAUGUUUAUAAAUAAAACUCGUUUAUAGAUUAUAUUGAAUAUUAUGCUUCUGGAUUCUGACUGGGGUUUAGUGGCAUCACUCCUACACCCAUUAUGUCAAUUUGGCUUGAAUAUUUAUAUUCAUUUUCCAAAUUAACAAAGGCAUAUCUAGCACAAACAAAAUAUUAUGAAUUAUUUUGCACACAGAUUCAAUGGUAUAUGUAGCAACAUUUACCUGUCACAGGUAGCAGUGGCCAUUUUGAAGCACCGCAUGUAAUGUA